AUGAUUGAUACUUGUCGUCCUGCCUUGGUUAGCCUAGUUGCAAGAUGGCCCUUGGGGGGCGGAUGUCGCAUGCACAUUGCCUUGUGGCAUGAUCGGGCUGAGCAACGUUCGGGAGAUGAGCUGGAGGUGCCUGUCGUAUCCUUGGGACUCUCCCAGCGUCGACCUCCGCCCCGGGUCACGGCAGCAUCCGGAUGGAUGUCUGCAAACAACAGAUUUCCUUCCCUCGAGGAAGUAAUUGAUGGAAUCGACAAACGGUCAACGGACUGGGGCGUUUGUCCGUCCGUUAGCGGGGGCGUCUGCCAGCCAGGGAUGGUAGGGUUAGCCACCACCACUGCCUCCGGAAGCUACAAAGGCAAGCAGGAGCAGCCAGAGGAACUGUUCCAUCCAGUUUCUUUCCUCGACUCCCGUACUGUGGGUGCCUGUGUGUCACCAUCCAUCCAUACCAACUUCCCAAGCUGGAUGAGAAAAGCGCACGUUACAUUGACAGCCUGUCCUGCUUGCCUACCGGCAUUCUGUGCGUGUGGGGAUACACCCAUUACUCACGAGACUGCGGUCAGACAAACUACGUCUUAUUCCCGUCAGUCGGCCAGUGCUGAGUGGGACGACGGGUAUCUUUCUUAUACAAUAGACAACAAUAGCACCCUCUUUGCUUCUGAAAUCCCAUCUUUCAAGCAAUCACUCAACCAAGAACUAUUUCUCGGGAACCCGUGCGACAGCAGACGAAACCGGAAUCGUUAUCCCUGCUUGAUACAUCCUUACUCGAACGGAGUGAACAGUGGCACGAAAGUAAGAAAGAAAGAUGUCCGUCUCCCCCCGCGCCAGCAAAGAAGAAUUCAUGGCCGCAUUGGGCCUCUCCACCCAAGACCCCCAACACGAGCAAUACUACCGCGCCAUGAGAACCCCUCCAACCUUCUCGACAUCUACCGAACCACCAAACCUCCAUACUUCUGGCACCACAUCCGGCCCGAGCGCCAGCGAUGGGGGAUAAAUGAGAUAGCGAGGAACGCGAGUCCGCUUACAAGACCGCUGUUUGCUCGCGGGAUGACUAGUGGCGAGUAUGGGCCGAAUUGGGUCGCGGGUUGGUUGCUGUAUAGUGUUUUUAGGAGUAGGGAUGUGAGGAAUAAUAGGAAUAGGAGGUUGUUGAAGGAUAAGAAUGGGAAUGGUGGUAUUUCUGGUGGGAGUGGGGAAGGUCGGGCGAGUCCUCCGCAGAUGGUGUUGAGAUAUGAUGGUGGUGCUUCUGCUGGUUCUGCUGGUGGUAGUGGUGCUGCGAACAGUGGAAAGAAGGAGUAUUAUGAUCCUGUUAGGAAUGGUUGAGUGCAAUGCAAUGCAAUGCAA